AUGCCUUCUGCAGUUACACCACCACCAUCACUUAGUACCCAAGAUUUGGCAGUUAAGAAAACAAGUUACUCUCGUACUCAAGAUCCCGAAAUGUUGAAGUGUAAGAGGAAGAUUAUUUGUUUCUCAGAUUUCGAUGGCACAAUCUUCAUGCAAGAUACGGGACACGUCCUCUUCGACGCCCACGGCUGCGGAGAAGAACGUCGUCUAAUCCUCGACGAACAAAUCAAAACAGGCGAACGAUCCUUCCGCGACGUAUCAGAAGAAAUGUGGGGAUCCCUCCGCGUUCCAUUCGAAGAUGGAUUCGCAAUCAUGGAAAAAUCCCUCGAGAUUGAUCCUGAUUUCCAAAAAUUCCAUCGCUUCUGCAUCGAUAACAAUAUCCCAUUUAACGUCAUCAGCGCGGGAUUAAAACCCGUUCUGAGAAGAGUUCUUGAUAAAUUCCUCGGAGAGGAAGAAAGUAAACGCAUUCAAAUCGUCGCAAAUGAAGCCGAGAUUAGCGAGGAUGGAAGUCAGUGGAAACCCGUUUGGAGACAUGAUACUGAGCUUGGUCACGAUAAAGCAUUAUCGAUUACCGAAGCUAGAGAACAUGCACAGUUGGAAUGUGAAGAUGGAACAAUCCCCCUCAUUGUCUUUAUCGGGGAUGGUGUAUCGGAUCUCCCAGCUGCGAGACAAGCUGAUGUAUUGUUUGCGCGGAGAGGAUUGCGAUUAGAGGAAUACUGUCUAGAACAUCGUAUUCCGUAUAUUCCAUUUGAUACUUUUGCGGAUAUUCAAAAGGAGGUGCAGAAGAUUGCUGAGGAGGAUCAAUUGAAGACGGGUGGUACAGGUAAACCUGUUAGGUUUAAUCCGAGGGCUAAUUUGUGGAGACGAGUCUCUAGUAAGAAUGCUGUUCCUUCAUACGUAGCAGCUACCCCUACAAAAGAAGAAAAAAUGUUCUUAUGGCCAGAAUCUUUCUCCGAGUUGAAGGAAAAUCGUCCUUCGACUAUUCAAGAACAGAUUGUUGCUUAA